AUGGCUUCUGGAAGUGGUCGCGGUAGAGGACGUGGCUCUGGAACUAACAACAGUGGGGAGAGGACUCAAGACUACUACGGUACGAUUCAACCCGAUCUUUUCGUCCGUCAACCAGGAGAACCGAAGAUUGGGUCGUCCGGACGUCCUCAAAGAUGCUUCGCCAAUUUUGUUCCGAUCGAAAUGGAGAAGGCAGACUACAGUAUCUACCAAUUUCACGUUGAGUUCGAUCCAGUUGUCGACUCAAAACACGUGAGAGAACGUAUGUUGCUCCAUGAAAACGUCACUGACGAAAUUGGAUGCUAUCAUGUGUUUGAUGGGAUGAUUCUGUACCUGACGAAGGAAUGGCAUCAAAACCAAGAAAUCGAAGUUCCACAUCCGAACACUGGCGACUUGAUCAAAGUUAUUUUCAAGCAAACGAACCGUUUCUUGUUGGACAAUGCCCAAACCAUCAACAUCUUCAACACCAUCGUUCGUCGCUGCUUCGACGAGAUGCAGUUGGUUCAGCUCGGUCGUCACUACUUCAACUCGAAAGAUGCUCGUAACGUACGCGAGUACAAUAUGAGUAUUCUGCCGGGUUUUGAAACAGCAAUCCGGAUGUACGAGAACCAGUUGAUGCUCUGUGUUGAAAAUCGUUUCAAGAUGGUUCGAAGAGACUCCAUGUUCGAUUUGCUCAAAAAGGAGAUGGGUGCCAGUCAGAACAAUCGUCAACGUGUUCAGGAGAAAAUGAACGAGAUGUAUGGUGGAAGCACCAUUAUCACCUUGUACAACAACAAGCUUCAUCGAUUCACUAGACUUGAUUGGACUAUCAAUCCAUUGAGUGAAUUCCAGAAGGACGGCCAAUCAAUUACUCUGAAGGAAUACUUCAAGAUGCAAUAUGGCAGAGAGAUUAAACACGAUGACCAGCCUAUUAUCAUCUCCGAAGGAAAGCCGAAGCAACCUGGAGAGCCACCACAGGUCAACUACAUUGUCCCGGAACUUUGCUUCCCAACUGGUCUGACCGAUGAGAUGCGCAAGGACUUCAGAAUGAUGAAGGAGAUUGCAAUGUAUACACGACUGUCUCCACAACAGCGUCUGCAAGAAACCAGGAAACUGAUCACCGAAUUCCACAGCAACGAGCGAGUCCAGGCGUGUCUCAACUACUGGGGAAUCCGUCUCGCCGACGAUCUCGCGAAUGUCAACGCCAGAGUUCUGAAGUCCGAACCAUUGCAUGCAGAAGGAACGAAGAAAUAUGAAGGGAGGAAUGCUGAGUGGGCUCGUGGAGUCAAAGAGAGUGGUAUCUAUCGGAGAUCCGACAUGACAAAUUGGAUAGUGGUUGGACCGAACAGUGGAAAUUCGGGAAUGCUAAUUCAAAAGUUUAUUGGCGAAUCAAGCCGUCUUGGUAGCACUCUUCGAGUACCAAUUGGCGAUCCAAUGUGUGUCCCAAUCAAAGGAGUGACUCCAAACGACUACUUGGAAGGUGUCAAACUCGCAAUCAAACAAGUCGCUGGGGAAACAGUUCACAUGCUCGUUGUGAUGCUUGUCGAUGACAACAAGACAAGAUACGACAGUCUCAAGAAGUUCCUCUGUGUUGAAUGUCCAAUCCCCAACCAAUGCGUGAAUCUUCGCACUUUGGCUGGAAAAUCUAGUGAUGGUGGCGAAAACAAGAACUUUGGAUCGAUUGUUCUGAAGAUUUUUCUCCAAAUGAUCUGUAAGACUGGAGGAGCUCUCUGGAAAGUCAAUAUUCCGCUCUCCGACACGAUGAUUGUUGGUUACGAUCUCUACCAUGAUUCCACUUUGAAGGGAAAGACUGUGGGAGCCUGCGUCUCAACAACAUCAGGAGACUUCACAGAGUUCUACUCUCAAACUAGACCACACGAGAAUCCAACUCAGUUGGGAAACAAUCUUACCCAUUUCGUUAGAAAAGCGCUGAAAAAGUACUACGACAACAACAACAACACUCUUCCAACCCGAUUGAUUCUCUACAGAGAUGGAGCUGGAGAUGGACAGAUUCCAUAUAUCAAGAAUACUGAAGUCAAACUUGUUCGAGAUGCUUGUGACAUGGUGACUCAAAGAGCCGCUAAGAUAAACAACAAGGAGCACAAACCCAUCACUUUGGCCUUCAUCAUUGUCACAAAGCGUGUUAACAUGCGCAUUUUGAAACAAGGAGCAAGUUCUAAUACUGCUAUCAAUCCAGAUCCAGGAACUGUCGUCGACACCGUGGUCACUCGUCCAGAGAGAAUGGAUUUCUACUUGGUGCCACAAUUCGUGAACCAAGGAACUGUCACCCCAGUUUCCUAUAAUAUCAUCUAUGAUGAUACUGGACUUGGACCAGACAAGCAGCAGCAGCUCGCCUUCAAAUUGUGUCACUUGUACUACAAUUGGCAAGGUACAGUUCGUGUCCCUGCUCCAUGUCAAUACGCCCAUAAACUCGCUUUCCUGACUGCCCAAUCACUUCACGGAGAUUCCGAUGAACAACUCCGGGACAAACUCUUUUUCUUGUGA